AUGAGUCAAAUCGGCAUUAGUUCUGAGCACUCCGUUGCCUCCAUUUCCCCGUCUACACUUACAGUUGAGGGUUUAUUUGGGGGGGAAACAGAUGAGCUAUACCUCCCACGACAGGCCGAAAAACUGGUAGCAACCAAAACCCCAUGGAGCCAGAGCCGCCCUAUCAGUUUGAUGGGCGAUUCUAUAAGCCAGUUCCCCACAAACUUGAUGGAAAGCAGUCCGUCGCUGCUACUGCCGUCGGUAGAACCCUCCGAAGUUCAGGAUAGCCUAGCAGGUCAUGAAAAGCAAGGACAGCAGAAUCUCGAGGACUUUCGUAGAGCUUUGCCACCUUGCCCUCGUCGAAGCCUAUCUCAACAUAGGGCGCAGAAAAACAGUUCUCGGGUUACAAAAAAAUCCAACGAACUGGUGAAAUCUCAGAACCGAAUCUGGAUCCGUCGAGUCUAA